AUGGCUUCUUCUAAGGCAAUUGCAACCAUUGCUCUUCUUCUCUUCCUUAACCUUGUAUUUUUCACUACAGUGAGUUCAAAUCAUCAUGUUCCUAAUUGUCCACCACCACCAAAAACCCCAAAACACCCUCCUCCCUCAACCCCAAUCCCUCCAGCUAAAGCCUCUUGCCCUAAGGACACCCUUAAGCUAGGGGUAUGUGGUGAUUUGUUGAAUGGUUUGGUGCACCUUGUCGUGGGGACCCCACCAAAGACUCCUUGUUGUAGCCUUAUUGGGGGUCUUGCUGAUGUUGAAGCUGCUGUAUGCCUCUGCACUGCCAUUAAAGCCAACGUUUUGGGCAUCAAUCUUAAUGUGCCAGUCUCCUUAAGCUUGCUUUUGAAUUACUGUGGUAAGUCUGUCCCAACAGGCUUCCAAUGCGCCUAG